UGGGCACUUACAAUAACCACGCUUGUGAACAUUACCAUCGCUGUGGACUUUCCUGACUUUUCACAUACACAUAAAUGCACAGUACACAGUACAUUAGCUGAGAUAGAACUGGAUCCUGAUUGGCUGAGAGGAAAGAUGACGCUCCGCUUCCUGCUCUAUAUAAACUCCCUGUUCCCUGACUGCAGACACACUGCUGAUAAAUUUCACCUAGAGAUCACACUGCACAAUGGAUAUUUACUUCCCUUCUGGCUUUCCAAUGUGUAGAGGAAUAACAAGGCUGUCAAACAAUUGCCUGGAAAGGGCCAAAAGAUUAAAGGCAUGCGUUGGUGGAUUUCUGCAGAGACAAGACUUGAGCAGCCUAUGUAAAUAUAGAAAACCAAGGUUGACCUUGGAGGAAUGUCUGAUGUGGAAAGAGUCUUUUGAGAAGCUUCUGUCCAGCAAACAUGGACUAUAUGCCUUCAAAGCUUUCCUGGUAUCUGAGUUUAGUGAAGAAAACAUUGCCUUCUACCUGGCAUGUGAGGACUACAAAAGCACAAAGUCUGCAACUAAGAUGCCAUCCAAAGCCAAGAGGGUCUACGAGGAGUUUAUCGGAAGUGAAGCUACUAGAGAGGUUAACAUUGACUAUGAGACUCGAGACAUCACUCAAGCCAACUUGAAAAGCCCUACUGCAUCCUGCUUCGACAUGGCCCAGUACCGCAUCUAUAUUCUCAUGGAAAAGGACUGUUACCCACGAUUCCUGCGCUCCACUGCCUACCGAAAUCUAGUCAACCAGCUUACAGUGAAGAGCGCUAAGGCAAGGAGCAAAAAGGCAAUUCCAGCCAGACCACCAUGUGAAGAAGACGAACCAAAAUGAACAACGUUGGUGCAUUUCGGUUCUGUGAGAGAUGGAAGCUCAGACAAGAAGUGGAAAGGACCGGUACAGAUCCUAAAAAGGCUGCUUGAAGUGGUCGGAGUGCCAUGAGAUGAAGAAAACUGCAUAAAAGAAUCAGAAACACUGCAUUCCCAGACCCCGUUAAUAUUGUCCGUGAGAGGGAACAGCAGAUCUACUGGUGGAGAGCGAUGCAUCUGUACAAACACCUGUACUCAACACAAAGGAGAUGCAGACUUUUCUGAAGUAUGCAUGGGCUAAAAAGCACAUAACAUAAUUUUUAGAGAGCAAAUUAUGUAUUUUGUUUAUAAGUUUAU